AUGAGUGGUCUAGUCGAUCCUCCAUCCUCAAGGCACACCUUCACUGGAGCUCCAGACGCUCGCGGUAAGACACGGAAUCUCCCGGUCCUUCCAUCUUCUGCGCACCACUCCGCCGGCGCAAUGGAGAUCACCACUCCUUCUUCCGGGCCAACAGGCAUAGUGGCCGUUCACAGUAGCCCCGAUGGCGACCGGGGGAUCAACACCAAUGGCCCCGAAGCCGGAAACACGAGCAAUCCCCCCAACCCGGCCGUUGGGGCCGCAGCGGCGGCUCAGCAACCCAAGGUGGUACAGACGGCCUUUAUCCACAAGCUAUACAACAUGCUUGAAGAUGGUAGCAUCCAACACCUCAUCUCUUGGUCAAGCACCAAUGACAGCUUUGUCAUGUCUCCAACCUCGGAGUUCUCUAAAGUCUUAGCCACAUACUUCAAGCACACCAACAUCUCGUCGUUCGUCCGACAACUGAACAUGUACGGAUUUCACAAAGUGAGUGAUGUAUUUCACACGGGAUCUCCGGACUCUGCAUUGUGGGAGUUUAAACAUGGGAAUGGCAACUUCAAACGAGGCGAUUUGGUUGGUCUCCGCGAGAUCAAACGACGUGCAUCGCGACAUGCCUUGAUUCAUCGUGACUCAUUCCCUGGUCACAAAGCUGCUCCUUCACAGCCGGGUACCCCGGCGGAACCCGUUCCUGAUGCCACUGAAGCUCGACUCAUGAACCUUGAACACACCCUAUAUGAUAUGCACAAUCGGUUGGCUCGUGCAGAAGAAGGCAAUGUUGCGCUUAGUUCUCGAUGCCAGAGCAUGGCUGAGGGCCUUGUAAAAUGCUAUCACUGGACUCAUUCCAUUUCUCGCUUCCUCUCCGCAGUUGUCCCUGACAGGGAAUCUCCUCUAUACCGUGACAUUUCGAGCAUGCAAAGGGAGGUCGAGAAGCACCUGGAAGCGGUUCGCGCCAUGGAAAAUGCCUCUGACACUCUUAUGCCACCCCGCCAACCAUUUUUUGGGAACCUGCCAGGGGAGGGUGGACCACCAUUGUCUCCUCGUCAAUUACCCCAAGAUGAUAGCCGACGGCCGUCCAUGAUGGACCCCUCUCGAACGAACAUGAUUCGGCCUCCUGUACCGCCGCAUCUAGCGUCGCCACGUCGCUAUGGUUCCAUCGGAGGCGCGAAUGCGCCACCUAAUUAUAAUCGACCCCCAGCUCCUCCAGUUGCACCGCAACGGCCAACACCCCAUCCUCUAUCAGUCUCCACGCCCCCAGGGCCUAAUCUUGGCCGUCGUCAUACCUUUGCCGACAUUCGGCAAGCCGACUGGCCUCCAUCUGGAACCUCUCCCUUUCCCCCUGAAAACACCGGAAAUGGUCCAUGGCCCCCAUCGCCGAACCGGGCGCCGGCUUCUAGUGACCAGCAAGUCCGGGAUGUUCUCGCCCAGUACGAGAUGGGUGCCCCACGACGUCUUCAGGACCAAUCUCGUCACGCAACCCCACCAGCCGGCGCCGAGCCAUCCCCCUCGAUGCUCAGCGCAGACAAUGGCUGGACGCUCGGAGGGUCCAGGUAUCAUCGUCAAGAAUCAUCCCUUCCAGCCACCCGCCGCUCUAGCAUGGCCAGCAAUGUCCACUCACUGCUAAAUCCCGCUGAUACUGCCGAACGACCCGAUGAAGAACAGCAAGAGGAUCGCAAGCGGAAGCGCCUGGAGUAA